AUGCCAAAUAAUAUUGGAUUGGUUAAUCUGCUCUCCAUAGCUAGAGGUCAAGUCAGGAUAGGAAAAUCCCCUAACUUGUGUUACGUUGAGUCAAUAAAUUGGAAAAAGUUAGGAGUUGAAAAAAACGUGACCACAUACCUCAUUGCUAGUCAAGAUAAAUGCGGAAAGUGUCCCUCGGCUUGUAAAGGUGCUUGCUGGAAUGCUACUCAUUGCCAGCAAAACUUAUCUAAUGAUCACUGCCACAAGGAAUGUUGGGGCUGCUACAAAAAUUAUUCCGCCAGACACUGCAUCGUUUGCAGAAAUUAUGACGACAAUGGACUUUGUGUAAAGAGCUGUCCACCCGAUAAGUUAGACUCAAGUUACCUUCAUGUUACUGGUGAUUGGUACUGUUUUGCAUAA